GCAGCAGGGGAGCUGCAAAACCAGACGCCGAGGGUAGGGCUUCCCUACGGGGACAGCCACGGUGACAGCCACGGUGCAAAGCGGGACCGGAGGAAGAACUGCUCCGCCUGCCUCGGCUGUCUCUGCACCCUUGGAAGAAGGAGGGGAAACUUUUAUCCAAAGAGUUAUGAAGUCUGAAGAAGACCCUGAAGAUGGAGAAAAUAUCCUGGGGGAACCAAGCUAAGUGAAGGAUGGAGCAGAAUAAAUGUCGAGCAGUAGACGUAGCCGGUGUCCUCGAGCAGCCUGCUUUGAACUCCGGCUGGGCGCUUGCUUUGUGAGCUUCAGCAAUUUUAAACUGAAUGCAAGAUAAAUUAUUUGCUGCUGGCAGCAAAUUCUAGGAUGAGCUGUUGGUUUUCCUGUGCUGCAAAAAACACACUGAAUACAGACUGGAACAAAUAUGACGAUCGGUUGAUGAAAGCAGCUGAAAGGGGAGAUGUGGAGAAAGUGUCAUCAAUCCUUGCCAAAAAGGGAGUCAAUCCCACUAAACUGGAUGUGGAAGGGAGGUCUGCGUUUCAUGUUGUAGCAUCAAAGGGAAAUCUAGACUGCUUGAAUACCAUUCUUCUACAUGGGGUUGAUAUCAAAGCCACUGAUGCUGCAGGGAGAAAUGCAUUGCAUCUAGCUGCGAAAUAUGGACAUGCUCUUUGUUUGCAGAAGCUCUUACAGUUCAAUUGUCCAACUGAAAAUGUGGAUUUGCAGGGCAGGACUGCUCUUCAUGAUGCAGCGAUGUCGGACUGUUCCUCUGGCAUACAGCUACUGUGUGAUCAUGGAGCUGCGGUGAAUGCCAAAGAUGGGGAUGGGAGGACACCACUGGUGCUGGCCACUCAGAUGUGUCGUCCAAGCGUAUGUCAAAGUCUGCUGGAUAGGGGAGCUGACCUUAACUCCAGAGACAAACAAAACAGGACUGCUCUAAUGUUAGGCUGUGAAUAUGGCUGCAGGGAUGCAGUAGAAGUUUUGCUCAGAAACGGUGCGGAUGUUAGUUUGGUUGAUGCCCUUGGUCAUGACUGUGCUUACUAUGCCAGAAUUGGUGACAAUGUUGACAUUUUGGCCCUACUAAAGACUGCCAUUGAGGAUUCCAACAAAGUGAGGGACCUCACGAAGAAAGGGCAGCCUGAACAGAAGGUCGCUAGCACGCCCCAGAAAUGGAACCAGCAGCAGGCACAGGAUGAAGUGAACUUCUGGCCGUAUCAGAGGGAACACCUGACUAUGCAGGAACUGGAGACAGAAAAUAAAGAUUUGAAAGACAGAUUGAGAGAAGUUCAGCAGGAACAGAGAAUGCUACUAGACAGAUUCAAUGGACUUCAGCUACAGCUGAACGAGGAGCAAAUGGUUGCUGAUGAUCUUGAAAAUGAGAAAGAUGAGCUGAGGAGACUUCUGACAGCCAAGGAAAACCAACAGGAGGAGAGCUUAAGAACUAUUGACACUCUGAAAUCUAAGCUUAAGUACUAUGAGGGUGACUACAUGGGGUCUGGAAGCAAUUUUGGCAACAGGAAGGAAGAUAUGCUGCAUAAACAGGGUCAAGUAUUUGCUGCAGAAUCACAGACUAGGUCUAUGCUGAGGCCACUGGAGCUUUCCCUCCCCAACCAAUCCUUCACAUCUGAGAACGAACUUCUAAGGAGAGAGCUCGACAACUUGAGAGCUGCCUAUGGUGCCGCAAAAGAAGAAACGAGCAGACUUCAGCGAGAGCUGUCUCAUAAGGCAGCUGAAUGCAGAGCGUUGGCACUGGAAUAUGAGAGAACCAAAGUGGAAUCGGACGGGCAGAUAAAGCAGUUGGAGGAUGCUCUGAAAGACGUGCAGAAGCGAAUGUUUGACUCGGAAGGCAAAGUCAAGCAAAUGCAAACCCACUUCCUUGUGCUGAAGGAUCACUUGACUAACGAAGCCGCUACAGGAAACAGUAAGCUAGUAGAAGAGCUGAAGGAUCAGGUGAAAGACAUGAAAGCAAAAUACGAAGGAGCCUCUGCAGAAGUAGGCAAGCUAAGGAACCAGAUCAAGCAGAACGAGCUGCUGGUUGCAGAGUUCAGGCGAGAUGAAGGAAGGCUGGUGGAGGAAAACAAGAGGAUGCAGAAGGAGCUUGGUAAGUUUGAGAUGGAGCAAGAGAAGAGAGCGAGGAACGUCCUGGAGGCCGAAGGGCAGCUCAAAGACAUGGCUGCAAAGCUAGCCCUCUCCGUGCCUGCUGAGAAGUUCGAGGCGAUGAAGAGUUCAUUAUCAAACGAAGUGAACGAGAAGGCGAAGAAGUUAGCAGAGAUGGAAAGAGAGAGUGGAAAGCUGCAGGCAGAAUUUUGGCUUUUAAAGAGAGACCUUGAGAGUCAGAAAGUGAAAUUGGUUCAGCAUGUGAAGCUGGAGGAACAUGAACAAAUGAGACGCAGUCUCGAGCAAAAAAACGAGGAACUUGGGAAGACCGUUUCUGAAGCGAUGUCAAAGAAUCAGUCUCUGCAGAAGGAAAUGGAGAAGGUUCACGUGGACAACAAGCUGCUGAAGCAGCAACUACAAGCACUAAAAGCGGAGGUUAAAAGCCAAUACGUGCCAUUAAAACUGAUGGAAGAGGUGAAAAGAGCCAACGAAGUGACCAUGGGUGAUCUGACCAAGAAACUUUCUGAAGUCACGCAGAAGUAUAUUGAGAACAAAGCAGAAGCAGAGAAGUUGCUGGCAGAAAAGACCAGCUUAAGUCAGAAUGUAAGUCACUUUCAGGCUGUGUACCUGUCCCCAGAACAACAUGAGAAAGAAACAGCAGCCUUGAAAUCCAGCCUGGCUGAAGUGAAGAGGCAGCUUGCCGAGGCUGUUCAAAAAUGUGACGGCGAGCAAGUGAAAGCAUGCAAGCUGGCAUCAGAAAACACAGCUCUGAAAGAUGCCAUGAGGGAUCAGUAUGUACCAGUCGCAACGCAUGAAGAGAUUAAAACAAUCCUGAACAGCACGUUGGAAAAGACAACCAGGGACCUGUCAGAUCUCGAGGGAAAAACCGAAGAGCUAAAGCAAGAAUUUGUGAGAGUCAAUGAAGAGAAUGGAACUUUGAAAAACAAGAUGAAACUCCUGCAAACCCAAAUCCAGACAGAAUACAUCAGUGGAAAAGAUCACGAGCGUCAGGUGUCUGGCUUGAAUGAAAGCCUGCUCGAGCUUCAGGAAAGCAAUGCUGAGCUGAUGGCUAAAUAUAAGAGAGGCCAAGAGGAGAUCUUACAGUUGCAUGCAGAAAUUGAAGCCCAGAAGAAAGAACUCGACACAAUCCAAGAAUGCAUCAAGUCCAAAUAUGCUCCGCUCUCCUAUUUUGAGGAGAAAGAGCAAAACUUUGAAGCUGCGGUGAAAGAGCUGAAAGAGCAGUUGCUAGACCAGACGCAGAAGUGCCAAGAAAGUGAGGAGGAGACCAGAAGGUGUAAAGAGGAGAAUGAAAAGUUAAGGAGUGAGUUUUUGUCCAUACAAAAUGACCUGCAACAGAACUAUGUUCUGGCUGAGAAAUCCCAUGAAAUGGAAAAAAUGUUCACCGCCAGAAUGGAAGAGCUGAACAAGCAGCUGAGAGACUUGCUGAAAAAAUACACUGAUGUAAAGCAGGAGAAGGACAAGCUGCAAGAGGAGAGCAUGAAGCAGAUCUCAGAAGCUCGUGCCAUGCAAAGUCGUCUGCAGGGCCAGUACAUUCCAGUGAAGGAGUUUGAAAGCUUGAAGGAGAGUCUUGGCCGUGCAGUUGAGGAUCUGAAAGAAGACCUUGGUAGAAAGAAGGCAAGUUAUGACAGAGAGGUGCAGAAAGUAGCCAAACUGCAGCAGGAGUUAGCAGAUCUAAAGAAUUCCUCAAUACCUUUGGUAGACCACACGCAGGUAAAGGAAGUGUUGGAACGAGAAAUCUUAGCAAUCAAAAUGACUUUGAAAGAAAAGGAGGAGGAGAACCAAGGAAAAAGCGAGGAACUCUCGAAACUCCGGUUGGAGAUCCAGAGUGCUAAGCAAGCCUUAACAGACCUGGAGAGCAAAGAAGUAGUAGAUAUGUCAGAGUAUAAAUCCAUGAGAAGUGCUCUAGAGACCCAGAUUGCCAACGUGACUGAAAACUUGGCCAGCUUAACUAAGAAAUAUGAGGAAGCAUGUGAAGAAGCCUUGCAAGCCAAGAAGAGUGAGCUGUCUUUGAAAGACGAAAAAGAAUUGCUUCAAUCCCGGAGUUCCAGCAUAGAGCAAGAAAUCAAGGACCAGAAAGAGAGAUGCGAUAAGUCUUUGACGACCAUUAUUGACUUGCAGAAGAGAAUACAGGAAUCUGCAAAGCAAGUGGAAGCAAAAGAUAACAAGAUAACGGAGCUGCUAAAUGAUGUGGAGCGGCUGAAGCAGGCUCUGAAUGGCCUGUCUCAGCUCACGUACACCAGCGGAGUAUCUUCAAAGAGGCAGAACCAGCAGGUAGAAACGCUCCAGCACCAAGUGAAAACCCUGCAGCAGCAGCUGGCUGAUGCUAAAAGACAGCACCAAGAGGUGAUUGCAGUUUAUCGGACCCAUCUUCUCAGUGCUGUGCAGGGUCACAUGGAUGAAGAUGUCCAAGCUGCGUUGCUUCAGAUCAUCCGCAUGAGACAGGGGCUUGUAUGUUAGUGUGCUCAGUGCUGCGCCUCCGCAACGCCCAACUGCUGCAUCCAGGAAGAGCACUGUGAUUACAGGAGUGUUAACCUUUGCGAGCUUUAUCUUAUUGUGAUGUUCUUAACUGUAAAAACAAAACAAAAAACCCCCUAAGAAAUAUUUAUUCCAAGUAGGAAGCAGAUGUGAGGUGGCUGGAAUCCAUUUACUCCUUGUAAAAUAGAACAAUAGGAUAAAUGAAGUUCAAAUCAGGCGCUUCAGAUAAGUGGACUCUGAACGUAUCUUACAAUUGGUGUAUGAGCUGGCAGUCAAAAUGAUGACAUGGCAAUUCAUUUUUUUUAAUGUCGGAUUGACCACUCUUAAAACCCACAUCCCAAAACUUCAGCUUGAUCCUAUUGUUAACUGACAAAGUGUGAAUGAAGAUCUAAGGCUAAACUGAAGUGACCUUGGCUGAAAUACUGUGGCUAUUUGCAUUUUUCUUCUGGUUAAAAAGUGUGUUUUCUUUUUCUUCUUUUGCCGGUCAUAUUAACUGACCAAGACUAGUUUCAAAAUCUGCGGUGUGUCGACUACAUAACAAGACUGAUGGUGUCAAAGUCUACGUGGUAACUUGGCUGGCCAAGUUGCAUUUGCUAUUUAAGUAAUUUUUAAGACUUGGUGCCUUUUGCUUUUUACUAGUGGUACAAAUACCAGGUUCUUUCCUAUCAAA